AGAUUUUGCAGCUAUAGGAGUUUGGAAUGUUGGGGUGAUUAAAGCAGCUGACUUAUAGUUUAGGAUCAUUUAGGAUUUUAAUAAACUCCAAACCUUUUUGCUUAUUCACAAUCCAAUCCUGUUGGAGCAAUUUUUCCAAAUACUUCUCUCACUUUGCAAUAUCAAACAUCAAAUAAUUUUAUUUUUAAAAGAAAAUAAAAUCCAAUCCCCACUUAAUCCACCUAGAUAACUGACCAUUAACCAAAGAAGCACCAAAACAUUUUGGCCAGCAAAAAAAUACUACCAUACUGUCUCAUCUCCACUGGGAAUCACAUAAGUGGAAUCAUGCCAAUCCACUUCUCUCAUUUCAAACACUAUAAACAAGGAAACAACCCUUCACUUUGCUUAUACCCACCUCAUCAAAAUCCACCUUAAUACUUCUCUCACUUUGCUCACACACUUCAUUUAGCCAAACAGUUGGGUAGGUUUUGGCCUAAGAGUUGUCAAAAUUCCAUUUUUAUAGUUAUUGGUGCCUGUAAUCUUGAAUUUUCAACAUUUUAUUUUAAAUAAAUAAAUAAAUUCUGAGUGUGUUUGUAGUUACAGAAGUAAAGAAUUGGAUAGUUUGAUACCCACAAGGCAAAAGUUCAAGUCUUUGUGAGUCCUAAGAAUUGUCAUAAUUUCAUUUUUAUAGUUAUUGGUGCCUGUAAUCUUGAUUUUUCAACAAUUUAAAGAGAAAAGAUUCAAUCUUUUACAAUUCUGUGUGCUUUUGUAGUUGUAGAAGUAAAGAAUUGUCAAGAAUCCCUUUUUUUUUUGUAGUUUAUGGCGUCUGUAAUCUUCGAUUUUCAACAAAUUAGAGGAAAAAAAGGUUCACUCUUUUUUGAAUUUCUCAGUAUUUUGGCAGUUGCUGAAGUAGAGAGUUGUCAAGAUUCCAUUUUUGUAGUUUUAUGGUUUCUGUAAUCUUUGGUUUUCAAAAAUUCGAAGUAAAAAAGAUUCAAUUUUUGAAUUUCUCAGUACUUUGGAACUUGCAGAAGUAAAGAGAAUUGGAUAGCUUGAAACCCACAAGGCAAAAAUUCAAGUCUUGUUUGGUUAACUCUCUAGGAACCUCAAAUUUUGUGAAAUAUAAAAAUGGGUACCUUGAAUUUUGUGUUUCCCAAUUCACUUCUCGAUGGUACUUGCAAGAUUGUAGCUUUGGGUGAUAGCAAACUCAGAUGUAAUAAACAGAGAAGUUCUUGUUUUGACCCUUUGAGAAUUGGGAAUUGUAUAGAUCACCAGAAGCUUUACAAGGCUAAGGGAAGAAAAGGGGGUAGUGCGUCGAAGUUGAAAGCAGUUCUAGAUGUAGAUAAAAAGGUGGAGAGUUCUGGAAGUAGUGAUGUAGAAGGAAAUGAAAGUGGCAGCUAUGAUGCCAUUGUUAUAGGGUCAGGAAUAGGUGGAUUGGUGGCAGCGACGCAGCUGGCAGUUAAGGGAGCUAAGGUUUUAGUUUUGGAGAAGUAUGUUAUUCCUGGUGGAAGCUCCGGAUUUUACGAAAGGGAUGGUUAUAAGUUUGAUGUUGGUUCAUCAGUGAUGUUUGGGUUCAGUGAUAAGGGAAACCUCAAUUUGAUUACUCAAGCAUUGGCAGCAGUAGGAUGUAGACUAGAAGUUAUACCUGACCCGACAACUGUACAUUUCCACCUGCCAAAUGACCUUUCUGUCCGUAUACACCGAGAAUAUGACGACUUCAUUGAAGAGCUCGUGAGUAAAUUUCCACAUGAAAAAGAAGGGAUUAUCAAAUUCUAUAGCGAAUGCUGGAAGAUCUUUAAUUCUCUGAAUUCAUUGGAACUGAAGUCUUUGGAGGAGCCCAUCUACCUUUUUGGCCAGUUUUUUAAGAAGCCCCUUGAAUGCUUGACUCUUGCCUACUAUUUGCCCCAGAAUGCCGGUGACAUUGCUCGGAAGUAUAUAAGAGAUCCAGGGUUGCUGUCCUUUAUAGAUGCAGAGUGCUUUAUUGUGAGUACAGUUAAUGCAUUACAAACACCAAUGAUCAAUGCAAGCAUGGUUCUAUGUGACAGACAUUUUGGUGGAAUCAACUAUCCUGUUGGUGGAGUUGGCGAGAUUGCCAAAUCCUUAGCGAAAGGCUUGGGUGAUCACGGAAGUCAGAUAAUUUAUAGGGCAAACGUCACAAGUAUCAUUUUGGACAAUGGCAAAGCUGUGGGAGUGAAGCUUUCUGAUGGAAGGAAGUUUUAUGCUAAAACCGUAGUAUCGAAUGCCACCAGAUGGGAUACUUUUGGAAAGCUUUUAAAAGCUGAGAAUCUUCCAAAAGAAGAAGAAAAUUUCCAGAAAGCUUAUGUAAAAGCACCUUCUUUUCUUUCUAUUCAUUUGGGGGUUAAAGCAGAUGUUUUACCACCAGACACUGAUUGCCACCAUUUUGUCCUUGAGGAUAACUGGACAAAUUUGGAGAAACCAUAUGGAAGUAUAUUCUUGAGCAUUCCAACAGUUCUUGAUUCAUCAUUGGCCCCCGAAGGGCACCAUAUUCUUCACAUUUUUACAACGUCGAGCAUAGAAGAUUAUGAGGGACUCUCUCGGAAAGACUAUGACGCGAAGAAAGAUCUUGUUGCUGAAAAGAUUAUAAGCAGACUUGAAAAAACACUCUUCCCAGGGCUUAAGUCAUCUAUUCUCUUUAAGGAGGUGGGAACACCAAAGACCCACAGACGAUACCUUGCUCGUGAUAGUGGUACCUAUGGACCAAUGCCACGGGGAACACCAAAGGGACUACUUGGAAUGCCUUUCAAUACCACUGCUAUAGAUGGUCUAUAUUGUGUUGGUGAUAGUUGCUUUCCGGGACAAGGAGUUAUAGCUGUAGCCUUUUCAGGAGUAAUGUGCGCUCAUCGUGUUGCGGCUGACUUAGGGUUUGAGGAAAAAUCUGAUGUGUUGGACAGUGCUCUUCUAAGGCUACUUGGUUGGUUAAGGACACUAGCAUGAUAUCUAGUUGUUAAGCUACAAAGUAACAUUUGACCCCCAAAAAAUGGUCAUUAUAUGUCUUUUCUUUUAAACGUAAACAACAAUGUUGAAGCUAAGGAAAUUCAACAUCUACUAUGUAUACAUAAACGAAAUUUGACCUUAUCUAUACCGUGUAAUUUUCCGUCCCUUUGUUAACAA